GAAUGAAUGAACAACAGGAUGUACCCUGGUAUGUCGAACCUGACAGGGGUAGAAUAUCGGCUCCGGUACUUCAUCUAGAUUUGAAAAGAAGGAUACUGUAGACAUACUGCUCGAAGGGGCGGGCUAUAGCACAGUUGUUAUUCGUGGGGGUGCACUGGUAAAAGCGCGACUCUAGGCGGGAUUUGAAGAAUAAAUACGUACUGCACCUGCACCAAUGGCCAUGUCAACCCCUUGCCCUGGUGCAUGGCAACGCCUACUGCCAUGACAGGCGGCACAGAUUCACCUGCAUGGGUACCUUACUACCUGUGGUGUUCCCUUGGUUUGAAGAAGCUAGUUUGUGUGGUGCAUUCAUUAUCUAGGUGCCGAUUACUGUACGUUGGCUACUCGCAUGCGACCAGCGAGGGCAUGUCAGACUCCAGGGAACAGCUAUCAUUUUGACAAGAAACUCAGUUCAUCAGGUGGAGUUAAUCACCGUUGCACAAGGUGGGUGACGUGACUGGGUGCCACUGUCCAGUGAAAGACAAUGACGUAGGGAGUGUUCGGAGACAUUCGAGUAACUGGGAAUUAUUCACAGGCUGAAACUUUAUCACUUUCUCAAAGUUGUUGGUGAU